AUGGAUUUACGCAGGACGAUCUGCAGCGCUGUGCUCCUAUUGGCAGUGACGACCCUCCGUUCCAAUUCUGAGUCAAAUGUUGGCUGGGAAAUCCAACGGUACGACGGCUGGUACAAUAACUUAGCUUCUCAUAGCCGUGGAGCCGCAGGUGAACCCCUGAUGCGCCUUCUCCCCGCGCGGUACUCUGACGGGGUCUAUCAGGCGCGUGGAGAGCCGCAACUGCCCAACCCACGCCGGGUCAGCAACGUCGCCAUGAGGGGCCCGUCGGGGCUGCCGUCAUCCCGGAACCAGACCGUCCUCUCGCUUUUCUUUGGCUACCAUGUUGUGUCUGAGGUCUUGGAGUCCCGCCAGCCUGGUUGCCCCCCUGAGUUCAUGCACAUCCCCAUCCCGGAGGGAGACCCCGUCUUCCACUGGAACGCCACCCCCGCUCCCCUGCUCCGUUUCCAGAGGGCACACUGGGAUCACGACACGGGCAAGAGCCCCAACAACCCCCGCACCCAGGUGAACCACGUCUCCUCAUGGAUAGAUGGCAGCUCUGUGUAUGGCUCAUCCAGCUCCGGGGCAGACACACUCAGGAGCUUCUCUCUGGGGCUCCUGGCGUCCGGGUCAGAGUGGAACCUUCCCAGAAAGAGCGGGGGAGGGAACCUCAUGUGGUGUGCUCCGAACCCCUCCACCAGCGAGACCGGCCCAGGGGGUCUCUAUGAGCUGGGGAAUGCCUGGGCCAAUGAGAACGCGUUUACGCUGGCUGAAGGGGUGGUGUGGUUUCGUUACCAUAACUACCUGGCCUCCCAGCUGCACCAUGUCCACCCAGCCUGGUCUGACGAGCAGCUCUUCCAGGGCGCCAGGAAGAGACUCAUCGCCACCCUGCAGAAUGUUGCAUUUCAUGAAUGGCUGCCCAGCUAUCUGGGGAAGUCUCUGCCACCUUACCAAGGUUACAAGAACUCUGUAGAUCCUGGAAUCUCCCCUGAGUUUGCGGCUGCAGCCAUCAGAUUUGGGCUAACUAUGGCGCCCUCUGGUGUUUAUAUGAGGAACAGGAGCUGUCACUAUAGAGAGGUGGUCAGCAGUGAUGGCAGCACAUCUCAAGCCAUGCGCUUAUGCAACAGCUUCUGGAACCGACAUAACCCUAACCUGCGGACGGCUGAGGAUGUGGACGAGCUGAUUCUAGGCAUGUCCUCCCAGCUUGCAGAGAGGGAGGACAACAUCAUAGUGGAGGACCUCAGAGAUUACAUGUAUGGUCCAUUACGCUUCUCCCGUUCGGAUGCGGUCGCCAUGACGAUUCAGCGAGGCCGGGACUUUGGCCUGCCCAGUUACAGCGAGGUCAGAGAAGCUCUCAACCUUCUGCCACUGGACACCUGGGCAGACAUCAACCCUCAGCUUAACCAGAGCCAUCCACAGUUGUUUCGGGAGCUGUCUGACCUCUACGGUAACGACGUCUCCAGACUAGAGCUGUUUCCUGGAGGUCUGCUGGAGUCUGUGGACGGGCCUGGGCCCGUGUUCACCGCCCUUAUCUCCGAUCAGUUCCAACGAAUCAGGAACGGAGAUCGGUUCUGGUUUGAGAACAAGCAGAACAAAUUGUUCACAGAAGAGGAGAUUUUGUCCAUCCGUAACACCACUUACUAUGAUGUCAUCAUCGCUGUGACAAGUGCGGAAUUUGGAGACAUUCAGAAAGACGUGUUCUUUUGGAAGAACGGUGACCCCUGUCCUCAGCCUGGGCAGCUGAAAGCCUCAGAUCUGCCCCCCUGCCCUCCGGCCUCCUCCAUGGACUUCUUUGACAACGGCAGCAAAGCCGGCUUCGGCAUCUUAGUCAUCGUUCUCUUCCUCUUCCCCGUAGUGAGCUUCCUGGUGGCUUGCGCAGUGGCCUUCUUCCGUAACUACAGGUUCAAGAAGUUUCAGCAAAGCUCCAAGUCGACCAGGAAGGACAAAGAGCCUUCAGCUGGGGUCACAGCGUGGGAGUGGCAGGGCCCCGGUGAGUCCCCUCUGCCCGUGUCCGUAGAGGUGGAUGAGAAGCUAAGUCUGCAGGUGUGUGACCCCGCGGGCGGCCUGCUGCGUUCCCUCAGCCUAGGCUCCCAGAGCCAGCUGACCAUCCUGCUGUCCAGCGACCGCCAGCAGAGGGCGCUCCUGCUCAAGGUGCCCAAGGAGUACGAUUUGGUGUUGCUGUUUGAGGAUGAGGUGCGGCGGUCUGCGUUCCUGGGUCUCCUGCGCUCUGAGCUGGGCAAGCGGGAGCAGCAUGUGAGUGUGAGGAGCGUGCGGGAGAAGGAGCUGCUGAGGGAGGCCGUGACUAGGACUCAGAGAGCCCAGAUAGUGGAGGUCUUCUUCAGGCAUGCAUUUGCCAAGGUGCUGGACAUAGACAGGAGCGAUGCGGGGGACCUGCGAGGCGUGUCCAGCCGCAGGACCAGGGAGGCGCUGCAGUGUGAGCUCUCAGGGCAGGAGUUCGCCAGCGCCCUGGGCCUCAAGCCCAGCUCCCUCUUCGUCCAGUCCAUGUUCACGCUGGCCGACAAGGACGGCAACGGAUACCUGUCCAUGCAGGAGUUCCUGGACGUCAUCGCCAUCUUCAUGAAGGGUACACCAGAGGAGAAGUCCAGGCUUCUGUUUGCCAUGCAUGACAUCGAUGGAAACGGCUUCCUAUCCAGAGAGGAAUUCUCCACAUUGUUGAGGUCCUUCACGGAGAUCUCCAGCGGCUGCCUGUCGAAGAGCCAGGCCCAGGAGGUCAUUGAGGCCAUGCUCCAGGCUGCCGGGUUUGAUGCCAAGGAGCAAAUCACCUGGGAGGACUUUCACCUCCUCCUCAAAGGCCACGAGAAGGAGCUGCAGUUCGCACAGCUCAACAUUAAAGGAAUGGAGAUGGAGGGUAAGAGCAGGAUGAGCCGGCAGCACAGGGUGUCUUUCAUCAGCCCACAGAAGAGCGGGCCGGGCCUGUCCGGUGCUAAGCUGUAUGUGAAGCCUCAGAGAGAGCGCUACAGCAGGAACCCCGUCCAGCAGAAAGUCCAGCAGUUCAAGCGCUUCGUGGAGAACUACCGGCGACACAUCGUCUGUUUCUGCGUCAUCUACGGCAUCUCCGCCGGAGUAUCUCUCGAGAGAUGCUACUACUACGGCCUGCAGGCCAUCUCGACUGGCAUCCCAGAAACCUCGGCAGUGGGAGUCAUCGUGUCCCGUGGUUCAGCGGCGGCCAUCUCCUUCCUGUUUCCCUAUAUGCUCUUGACGGUGUGCCGGAACCUCAUCACCAAGUGCCGCGAGACGUUCCUGAACCGCUACAUCCCGUUUGAUGCCGCCAUCGACUUCCACAGGCUCAUGGCCAUGUCCGCCAUCAUACUGACAGUGGUGCACAGCUUGGGUCAUGUGGUCAACCUCUACAUCUUCUCCAUCAGCGAGCUCAGCAUCCUGGCCUGCCUCUUCCCACAGGUGCUCCCCAAUAACGGCUCUGAAAUGCCAUUUAGAUGGACAUAUUGGUUCUUUCAGACAGUUCCAGGCAUGACGGGGAUACUCCUCCUCCUAGUCUUGUCCUUCAUCUACGUGUUUGCGUCACGCUACUUCAGACGCGUCAGCUUCAGGGGAUUCUGGGUCACACACUACCUGUACGUCAUCGUGUAUGUGCUGACCAUCAUCCACGGGAGCUUCGCUCUCCUGCAGCAGCCACGCUUCUACAUCUACCUGAUCCCCCCCGCCCUCCUCUUCCUCCUGGACAAGCUGAUUAGUCUGAACAGGAAGAAGGUGGAGAUCCCCGUGGUGAAAGCAGAGCUUCUGCCCUCUGGUGUGACGUACCUGGAGUUCAAGCGGCCGCAGGGCUUCGCGUACCGCUCAGGUCAGUGGGUGCGCGUGGCCUGCCUGGAGCUGGGCACAGAUGAGUACCACCCCUUCACCCUGACGUCUGCACCCCACGAGGAGACGCUGAGUCUGCACAUCCGCGCCGUGGGGCCCUGGACCAGCAAGCUCAGGGAGCGCUACAACCCACAGAGACGCCAGGAGAUGGGGGGGUACCCCAAGCUGUACCUGGACGGACCCUUCGGGGAGGGGCACCAAGAGUGGACAGACUUUGAGGUGUCUGUUCUCGUGGGGGGUGGGAUUGGAGUCACUCCAUUCGCGUCCAUUCUGAAGGACCUGGUCUUCAAAUCCUCAGUCAAGUUCAAGGUUCAGUGCAAAAAGGUGUACUUCAUCUGGGUGACGCGUACGCAGAAGCAGUUUGAGUGGGUGUCCGACAUCAUCAGGGAGGUGGAGGAGGCCGACAAGCAGGAGCUGGUGUCAGUGCACAUCUACAUCACCCAGCUGGCCGAGAAGUUUGACCUCCGGACCACAAUGCUGUAUGUGUGUGAGCGGCACUUCCAGAAGGUGUGGAAUCGGAGUGUGUUCACCGGACUGCGUUCCGUAACCCACUUUGGCCGCCCCCCCUUCAUGUCCUUCUUCAGCUCUCUACAGGAGGUGCACCCUGAGGUGGGGAAGAUCGGAGUGUUCAGCUGUGGUCCGCCGGGUCUGACGAAGAAUGUGGAGAAAGCUUGCCGACAGAUGAACAAGCGGGACCAAGUCCACUACAUGCACCACUACGAGAACUUUUAAAGAUCCUGUUUAAAAGCCUGCUUCAUGCUCCAUUACGAGAACUUUUAAAGAUCCUGUUUAAAAGCCGGCUUCAUGCUCC